AUGGCUGCGGAAUCCGAGAGGCCGCCUCAUCUUAAUGGUGCCUCUGGAUCGUCCAGAGGUGCCAAGGAUGCAGAGGCGGCAUCGGAUGCUGUGCAUCGGUCGUCCAGCGACGGUGCUGCAACCGAGCGCUCCUCCGUUAAAUCCCAGUCCCAGCCCAUGUCCCAGGUGCCCAGGCUUUCUCCAAAUAUUUCCAACUUUUCCGCACCUGCAUCUGCUACGAACUCCGCUGUCUCCUCCCGCGAAUCCUCCCCGGUCCGAUUUUCCUCACGUCCCGUGAAUCAUUCCCCGACCCGAGUAUCCUCUCAAUCCCGAAAGCCUAGUCAAGACCGAUCAAGCCCGACUCGACCUUCAAACGGUCCGACAUCUGUUCCACCGGGAUACAAUACAACUUCCAAUACGCAGCGUUCAUCCUCCUCCCCAGUGAAACCUCUUGUCCUUUCCGCGCCUCUUGAGACGCUGGCCAAUGUUGCCAGUCCAGAAAAAUCAAACAUGCCAUCAUGGGCCGGGAACCGUCGCACAGAUUUGGAUCCGACUGUUGCGAAUACUUCACAUAAAAGAUCGUCGCCGACGGAGGAACCUGCCACGAAGGUUGAUAGAAGCACGCCCCGGGCUGCUACUAGGGGCGCCAGUGGACAGGGGUCCUCCUUGGAAACAGUCGAGGAGAUGGCUAGCAAUCCUUCAACCCCGUCCAAUGAAAGCGCCCUCAAACCGGUCACCGCGGAGGAAGCCCGGUUGCAUCGGAUCGAUGAGAACCCAACUCCGCGUUCCUCGCAACAAAACACAGGUAGUGGCAGUGACAGCGGAGAGACCCGGAGCUCUACGGCAAAGGAAGAGCCUCGCUCCCAAGCAUCUGGAGCAGCAAAACCCCCUGGAACUCUCAUGCCCAAGCAAUCAACAACAUCUCUCAGCGCCGGUGCUCGCGGAAAGCCUGCUGAUGGCUCGGUCCGCAACAUGACCGUCGAAACGGAGACCGUUAGCUCUAUUCCACAAGUCUCCCUGGGCGUGGGCGCGGGAGAGCGAGGUAAUGCCUCUCGUAUUGACCAAGGUACUCUUCGCAUGAAGCCUUCUACCGAAACGAUUCGUCCACGCAAAGAGAAGAAAAAAAAUCGUCGCCCAAAUAACCUCCAAACGGGGCCUGCAACUAGCAAAGCGGAUAUAUUUGAAGCAAAAGUGGCUAAUGCAGUGGACGAGGCUGAUGUCUCGGACUCUGACGAAACUUUCGUUUACGAGUCUAAUCCACCGGACCCCUAUCCUUCUCGGCCCUCUCGUUAUCACUCCCGGACGCCGAGUGCAACAUCCAUGGCAAGUCAAGUGGACCAGCUGGCUGGUCGUGCGCGAGGAUUGCGGGACGGCUCUCAUAGCGUGACCAGCAAGCGGAGCAUGAAAUUCACAAACAAUCCCUACAACAGUAGUAUUGAUGGUGAUGGCCCGGAUGUUGAGUUAAGUCGCAAUGGUUCCAGAGUCAGUGGAAGCGGAACCAUUACCCCACGGCAUCACAAUAUCGGACGCCAUGCACGCAACGGCGUCCCUCCAGGCCUCUUUGAUAACGAGAGCACACCUUUCCCCCAUUCACAAGCUCCACCUAAAUCACCAAGGCAUUUCAUUGGGAGUGGAUAUCGGCACUCGCGACACAGCAAUACUCGCUCCUCUCCUAACUAUAAAACCAUUAAUGGUACGAAGAAGGGCAACGAGAUUUUCGGCUAUGACUUUGAUGCAGAAGGCGCGGAUGAUGAGCGCACCCCCUUGGUUGGGACGCCACGUCAAGUCCGUAGUCGCCAUGGCCGCAGACCGAACAGCGCAAGCCUGCGGCAGAUGGAAUAUAUGGCGCAGCGCCAGCGCGGGUAUUUCUCCCGUUAUGGAUCAUGCGCCAUUAUACUUCUCUUAUUGGUUAUUGUGGCAGGUGGUGCCACAUCGUUCAUUGUGGCGGCAACCCAGCCUCUUUUGGAUGUCCAAGUCGUUGCUAUCCAAAACGUCCUUGCAUCAGAACAAGAGAUCAUGCUGGAUCUGAAUGUGGAAUCAGUCAAUCCAAAUCUGUUCCCUGUUACCAUCGAGGAUACCGAUAUCAACAUUUUCGCGAAGAGCCGAUUUGUCGGUACUGACAAGCUCUGGCGCGAGCAUGAUGACUUGGAUCACUUCCCACGUGUUGAACAAAGUCGGCGUCGCUGGCAGCUGUCACAGACCGUGCGUUGCCUUGGAAGUGUGGAGUGCAUGAAGGAAGCCAUGUCAGGCCAUUCAUCACCACACACCAACGGCGGUGUUGACAAGGGAACGGAUCCACCAACGGAUCCAGAAGGCGACUCCCAGACCAUGCUCCUUGGCCGCGUGUUCCACUUCGACUCUCCCCUAUCUUUCGAGUCCUCCCCAUGGAACCAUCUCACAUCCGGCUCGAAGGGACAGAUUCGCUUAACUCGGCCCGGUAAUAAAACCGAGGAAGGGGGCACAGAGCGCUGGGAACGUGUCCUACAGCAUCCGUUCGAACUGAUCGUCCGUGGCGUCGUCAAAUAUCAACUCCCACUGAGCUCCCACUACCUGUCAGCAUCUAUCAGCUCCAGCGUCAAGUACGUCCCAGAUAAGGAGGAUACGGACCCUGAACAACCACCCAGCAACGACACAGCCCGCAUUACCCUCGCGAAAAAAGCCACCCCUAUCCGCCUUCCACUUUCUGAAACUCCCUCCUCCGCACCCGGGUCCGGUGCAAGACGACCUUUUACGGCAUAA